UUCCACCCGGAAAAGUGAAGGCGGGGUACAAGAUGGCCGAAUGCAUUGCUGGUGGGAUGAGUGUUGGAGGAGAACAAAACGUUUAAAUCGGUUGUAAUUCAACGAAACAAGAAACGCGCCUCUUUGCAGGAAAACGGAAAAGAAAGGAAGAUGUUUGCCAAACCUUUUCGCGUCAAGUCCAACACAGCGAUCAAAGGGUCGGAUAGGAGGAAGCUCAAGGCUGAUGUACAGUCUGCCUUUCCGUCUUUAUCUGGUGCUGAGCUAUCACAUCUUAUACCAAACAAGGAGGAGCUCAAUGUGGUGAAAAUGUAUUUGCAUAAAGGAGACGUGGUGACUGCCUAUGUUUUGAAUAAGAACCCCAUCUUCUUUGAAAUGAACAGGAGACUUUAUCCAACAGUGUAUACCCUGUGGUCUUGCCCAGAUCUUCUGGUUGCUUUCACAACAUGGCCUGCUGUAUUGACAAAACUGGCUGGAGGAGCAGAUCUUAUGUUGCCUGGAGUGGUUGUGCCACCUUCUGGUCUUCCUGAGCUACAACAGGGAGAUCUCUGUGCCAUUAACCUUGUUGAAAACAGAGCUCCAGUGGCAAUAGGCUUAGUCACUAUGCCAACAGCAGAUAUGCUUGCAGCUGGUAUGAAAGGAAAGGGCGUCACCACUCUCCAUACAUAUCUGGAUCUGUUAUGGGCAUUUGGAGAAAAGACUAGCCCACCUGUGAUUCCUCACAUAUCCCAUGACCCAGGAGGGAUUAGAAAUCAGUUGCAGGAGGAGGAAAAAGGAGAAGAGAAGGAAGAAGUGGCUUUUGAUGCAGAUGAUAUUGAGAAUCUGACUGCAGAGCUGGACAGUACAGAGAAGGAUACACCUGACAUGCGUAGUCUUUGUUUGAAUGAGGAAACUGCAUCAGAACACACGCCUUCAGCAACCAUUCAAGUGCGUGACCAAGAGGCUCAUGAUGGUGAUGUUGUUGAUCUGAAAGAAAUAACAGAAGACAGUGAAAACCACCACGACACUGAGAAUGAUUACGGCACUACAAAAAUCGUUGGGACUGUACAAGAGCAAAUGGAUGAGCUCCUUCUUCAGUGUUUCCUUCAUGCUUUGAAGUUUAAAGUGAAGAAAGCAGAUUUGCCUCUGCUCACAAGUACUUUUCUCAAGGUUCAUGUAUAUCCCUGUUGCCCGGAAGGCCAACAAUUAGACAUCAAAAAAUCAAGCUAUAAAAAGCUCUCCAAGUUUCUACUGACCAUGCAGCAACGGCAGAUACUUCAGAUGAAGGAACUCUCAAAAGGAGUUGAAAGCAUUACUGGUGUGAACUGGAAACAUGCAGACCUGCAAUCCUUUAAAGUUCCUGAAACAGUCACUGGUGAAGAGAUGGGGAAGAUUGACAGAGGGAGUGAUACAGGCUACCAGCCACCGGAGAUCAAGUCCUUUUACAAUGUUUCCAGUAAAUUGAUUCCCCUGUUUGAGCAUGCGGAUCUCAAAAAAGAUGCCGCACUUUCAAACGCAGAUGUUAGAAGUAUAAUCACAAAUUAUGUGAAGUCCAAUGAUCUGAUAGAUGACUAUAAUAAAAAUUAUGUCACCAUUAAUCCUACUCUUUGUGACUGCAUAUUAGAAAAAUCCGAGUAUCAUACUGUAACUAAACUCACAUGGGAUGAUCUCUUUUCCAGGUGCCUCAAGAGCCUGCAACAAUGUCAUGAAGUGACUUUUCCUGGGCAAAAGCCAAAAGUUCGAAAGGGUCAAAUUAAACCCAUUGACAUUGAUGUAGUACAGCGUGCAUCAAAUAAAAAGAGGAACACAGGAUCGCUCCAAAGUAUAUUAGAGGUUUGGAAAAAGCUCCAAAAUCUGGCAAGAAGAAGCGAUGACAUGGUUUCUAAUAGGAAUAAUGCAGUCACAGCAAUAAAAUCACUGUCACAACCUGUUCUUGUCAGUUUGUUAUUUAAUUUGUAAUGUCAGAUUUUCUACUACUGCAGCAUAUGGCAUCUCACAUCGAGUUCCUCUAAAACUGUGCCCAAAUGAAAUGCAUCUCUGUGCGAACACUUGGAGGCUAAACAUGAUAUCAAUCCAAUAUAUGUUGAAGUGAAUGUUGACAGGACUUCGCUGUUUUCUUCAGAUAUCACCAUGAAGAACAAUGAAGGUGAAAGCCAGAAAUCAUUUACUACCCAAACUUACUGGAUCAACAAUAGGGUGCUGCUGCUACAAUACUUUGGAUCUCAGCACUUACCCUGUCAUAUUCUGCAGCAGACUAGUGUGUUCUCGCCUGACAAAACGCAUCUCUUACCCAUCUGCUCUAUUGAAUUCACCAAUACACAUCUUAACCAGAACCUUCCCGUCACCCUAUCUGCCAGAUUCCUGUGUUCACAAGCAUCCCUUCCCCAUUCAUCCUGAAACUGUAUGUGCAGCACCUUGCACCUAUUCAACCUGCUUCCCACUUUAAAUCUCAGUGCUCUGCUUAAGCAUGAUCCUUUUGGUCAGGAGACAUCCUGACAUACUUUUGGUCAGACAUCCUUUUCUUUUAAACAGACAUCUUUUUGGUCAGUAGUGAAAUACAAGAAGUCACUACCAAAUUUUUAGUCAUCAAUCAAAUUUCUGGCUUUCAACUAGAGCAAGAGGAGACCUUAUUAAACAAAUUGAGGACAAACCAGUGCCUCUGCAAAGUCCAACUUUAUCACUGGGGCCUCAAUACAAAUCCUUUAUAUAUUGUUGAUUAGACACAAAUAAUGACCUUAAGCUCAAAGGUGAUGCUGUCAUUUUGGGAAUUAACAUUUGCAAAAUAAAAUAAAUAAUAACAUUUAGCAGCAAGUUGCUAUACAUCUUUUGUGAUUAACUAUCUUCUGAAGAUGCUGCAGUUAUUCCAACUGGGAACUGCAUAUGGACACUCCAAAUAGGUAAUAUAUCACAGGAAAUAAUUUGCAUUAGCUUCUGGACCAAUUCAUUACAUGGAAAGUCCUGAAGCUUCAUUGUAGUAUAUCUGAAUUAUCCCAGUGCCCAAAGUGCACGUAGAAAGUUACAUCAAAUGUGAGA